AUGGGUGACAACGAAGAACUUCAGAAUGCGCAACUCCGUCCCAACCGCCACGCUAUUGAAGACGGUAUCCCAGGCUACCCAGCCAUCACGCCGUUGGAAGACGCAGCCCUCACGCAACUAUUCGUGGCGUUUCAUCCGGGUGCAACCCAAGAUACUUCGGAUAUGAACCCCAUCUACUUCCCUGCGGAACCUGGAUCUCCCUCGAUCACACGGAUUGGAGCCCCAGCCGGCGUCUGGACCGAGGACUUGGACACUGUCAAGACAUCAUCUAAGCCUCCGAAACAGCCCCGUGUGCAGCGAACGAGUAACAUGGCCAAGAAAAGAGCCAGCCAACAGGACGCUGAGCUAUCCGAACAAAGGCAAGCUCGCAAGAAAGGUCAAACAGCAUACUACACUGUUACUGUUGAUAAGAGGCUUGCUCUGCGUUUCAAUUGGAAAUGUGCGAAAGGAAAAAUCGGUGCCUUUAAUAAGGUUAAAUUUGUGCCUGGCUGGGAUAUAGUUCGAGCCGAAUUUGAAGCCAAGUUCAGAUACGAUUUAUACUGGGGGAACGCAACGAAGUCUUUUAACCGCGACCUUAUUAUCUCUACGGGUCGUCAUAUGCUACGCGAAUUUGCUAAGGCCAAGGCAAAGGGCUCAGCCUUCCCACUCAGCAGCGAACAUUCGCUCAAAGGCCUUAUGCAGACGACGCUGACUCGGGACGUCGACGAUGCCACAAUCGCGAAGAUCAUGGCACAUAGAGAGAUGAUCGCGCAGCAAAUGGCCGAUCCUUGA